AUGAGCAACUUUGGACAUGGAUUGCUUGAAAGAGUCAAGGCUGCCAAGCCUUUCUUUGCUGUUAUUUUCUUGCAAUUUGGGCUUGCAGGCAUGGAUAUUCUCUCCAAGGCUGCACUAAACCAGGGGAUGAGCAACUAUGUGCUCGUUGUCUACCGCCACGUAGUUGCCACUGCUGUCGUUGCCCCUUUCGCGCUGAUCCUGGACAAAAAAAUAAGACCGAAGAUGACGCUUCCAAUCUUCAUCAAGAUAAUGCUGCUCGGCCUACUGGAGCCAGUUAUUGACCAAAAUUUGUAUUUCAUGGGAAUGAGGUACACAACAGCAACGUUUGCAGCAGCUAUGUGCAACAUUCUCCCUGCCCUUACUUUUGCAAUGGCUUGGAUUCUUAGGCUUGAGAAAGUAAAGUUGAAAUGCAUCCGCAGCCAAAGUAAGGUGUUUGGGACUGCAGCAACAGUUGCAGGUGCCAUGAUCAUGACACUGCAAACAGGUGGGGCUGUAAGCCUCCAAAGCUCAAUCAAAGGUGCCGUAAUGAUCACAAUAGGCUGCUUCUGCUGGGCCUGUUUCAUGAUUCUGCAGUCAAUCACAUUAAAAACAUACCCAGCUGAGCUCUCCCUUUCAGCUUGGAUAUGCCUGAUGGGCACACUGGAAGGAACUGCUCUAGCGUUGGUGAUGGAAAGGGGAAACUCUGCCGUUUGGGCUAUCAAAUGGGACGCAAAGUUAUUGGCAGCUUGUUACAGUGCCGUUUUCUGUUCUGGGCUAGCUUAUUACAUUCAAGGAAUUGUGAUGAAAUACAGAGGCCCUGUGUUUGUGACAGCUUUCAGUCCCCUAAGCAUGGUUAUUGUUGCUGUCAUGAGCUCCUUCAUUUUGCGCGAGCAACUGUAUCUGGGAAGGCUACUCGGUGCUGCGGUCAUAAUCACCGGCCUAUAUAUGGUUGUAUGGGGUAAAAGCAAAGAUUACAAGUCUGAAACACCGACAAUCGAAGAAGAAGUAGCAUCAACAAAACAAGCACAAGCAAAAGAAAAUCCCAACCUUCAGGCCAUCACAAUUGCAUCGUCUGGCGAAUGA